AGGGUUUUACAGAGGUCUAGUCGUGUAGGGCGUGGCUGCGCGAGCAGCGCUAUGAGCGAGGCAAUGGAGGCAUCUGUGGAGCUCUUCUGCCGAAUCGGUAUCGAGGAGACCACUGCGCAGAACAUUAUGGUGAAUCCGAAGGUCAGAAGCAGUGUCCUGGCUGUGAUCAAGGAGGCUGGUGUGCAAAAUGGCUGUAACAAAUCGGUUGGAAACGUGCUGUACACGAUUGCAACCAAGUACCCGGCAAACCGUGCGAACGCUCUUCGUCAUCGGCCAAAGUUUUUGAGCUACGUUACUUCUGGAAAGAUUAAGAGCCAUCAGUUGGAUGCAGCCUUUCGCUAUUUUUCUUCCGAUCCAGAAGAAUUCCUGGUGGAAGAUUUUGAGAGAGUCUGUGGUGUCGGUGUGGUUGUCUCUCCAGAGGACGCGGAGCUUGCUGUCGAGAAAGUGCUGGAAAAGAACAAAGCGAAACUACUCGAUGAGCGCUACAAAUUUAAUGUUGGGAUUCUACUGGCACAAGUCAGGGAGUUACAGCCGUUUGCGGACUUCACAUAUGUCAAGAAAGUGAUAGACAAGAAAAUGCAUGAACUCCUGGGUGAGAGAACUGCAGAGGACGACGUGAAAACCAAGAAGAAAAAGCCAAAGCCUGAGGAAGUCAAGAAGGAAGAAAUUCUCCCUGUCGAGGAAGUAAGCCCCUAUUCAAUAUUCCCAAAACCGGAAGACAAUAUCGGAGUUCACGUGGAAAUAAGAUUCAGCGACGGAACAGUACUGAACCCAGCGAAUACGAGAGCUAUGCUUGAAAAGCAUCUGAAGGCAACCGGUGGAAGAGUCUAUACCCGUUUUCCUCCUGAACCAAAUGGUUACUUACACAUUGGACAUGCUAAGGCCAUGUUUGUCGAUUUUGGAUUUGCAUGCGAUGCAAAUGGCUACUGCUACCUGAGGUUUGACGAUACGAAUCCAGAUGCCGAAAAAGAAGAAUAUAUUGAACACAUAAAAGAGAUUGUAGAGUGGAUGGGUUGGAAACCGUUCAAGAUUACCUACAGUAGUGAUUACUUUCAGGAGCUUUACGAGCUUGCUGUAGAGCUGAUAAAAUCUGGUCACGCCUAUGUUGAUCAUCAGACGGCAGAUGAGAUAAAAGAAUACCGUGAAAACUUCAAGGAAAGCCCAUGGAGGAACCGGCCUGUAGAAGAAUCUCUGGAUCUUUUCGAAAAGAUGAAGGCUGGGUUGAUUGAGGAAGGGCAAGCUACACUGCGAAUGAAGCAAGAUAUGAAAAACGAGAACUACAAUAUGCUGGACCUUAUUGCUUAUCGAGUAAAGAAAGCAUCACACCCUCGCACAAAAGACAAAUGGUGCAUUUAUCCAAGCUACGACUUUACACACUGCAUCGUCGAUUCAUUGGAAAAUAUAUCCCAUUCGCUGUGUACUUUGGAGUUUGAGUCCCGCAGGGUAUCGUAUUACUGGCUGCUAGACAGAUUGAAUCUAUAUCUACCGUAUGUAUGGGAAUAUUCACGGCUGAACAUGACGAAUAAUGUGCUGUCUAAGCGGAAGCUAAACCGAUUAGUAACAGAAAAAUAUGUGGAUGGAUGGGACGAUCCUCGGCUUUUGACAUUGGCUGGUUUACGUCGACGAGGAAUGCCGGCUACUGCUAUCAAUGCUUUCUGUCGGUCUAUAGGCAUCACGAGGAGUGACAAUCUUAUAAGAAUGGAUAAGUUGGAACAUUUUGUUCGGGAUGAAUUGAACAAAACUGCUCCAAGAACUAUGGUGGUUCUCCAUCCACUGAAGGUUGUUAUUGAGAAUCUGGAAGCUACUGAAGAAGUGGAAGGCAAGAGGCUGCCCGAUGACCCGUCGGCUACGUACAAGAUGCCAUUUACAAGAGUUGUAUAUAUUGAGCGCUCCGACUUUCGGACGAAGGAUUCCAAGGAUUUCUACGGGCUAGCCAAAGGAAAAUCAGCCUUGUUGAGAUAUGCGUACCCCAUCACGUGUGUCGACUAUGUGUGCGAUAAGGAUGGCGAAGUCAUUGAAAUAAGAGCCACGUACGACGCCAAGAAAAGCAUCAAGCCCAAGGGCGUUCUCCACUGGGUUCCCGAACCUGCUGAAGGAGCGCGCCCUCUCGAAGUUGAAGUGAGACUCUUCGACAGAUUGUUCCUGUCAGAGGAUCCUGCGGAACUCAAAGACACUUGGCUAGAGGACCUCAAUCCCCAUUCAAAGCAAGUCAUACACGGGGCAUUCGCUUUGGAUAAUCUGCGGACGGCGAAGCCGGGGGAUAGGUUCCAGUUCGAGCGAACAGGAUAUUUUUGCGUUGAUCCCGACUCCUCGGCGGAGAAACUAGUUUUCAAUCGUACAGUUACACUGAAAACAUCGUAUCCAUAGCCAUUAUAAGUUGAUCAAAUUGUUAUCUCGUGCUAA